AUGGCUAGGGUCAUGGCGUGUGAGCCAACUGAGGAACAACCUCAAUGGGGUGGCUCUGUUGCGGGUCGUUCUUACAAACCACAAAUUAAACAUAUGUCACAUGACAAUCUGAUGAACAACUACUUCAACCCUAACUUGAUGUACAAAGAAGAGGAUUUUAGACGUCACUUCCAGAUGAGGCGUCAUGUCCAGCAUGUUAAUCCAUACUUUCAACAGAAGUUGGACAAAGCAAGCUGCCCUGGUUUCUCACUUCAUCAGAAGGUUACUAUUGCACUUUUAAUGAUGGCCUAUACCUCCCCAUCUGAUGCGAUGAAUGAUACAUAUGGCAUGACUGAGUCUACAUGCCUUGAUACUCUUGCUGAAUUCUAUGACACAAUUAUUCACCUUUACAAAGAGGAAUACCUCCGUGAAUCAAAUCAAGAAGAUCUGGAUCGGCUCAUUCGUAAAGCUGAAGAUCGUGCCCUUCCAAGCAUGAUAUGGUCAUUAGAUUGCAUGCAUUGA